ACUGUAUUAAUAAGACUAGAAACUCUUUCCCGACAAGCCCAACGCCAAUGCCAACGGUCCUAGUCAUUCCCGAGGACAUUCCCCACAACAAACACAUACACGCGAGUCCUUGAGUACCGGAUCUGUUCGAGCGGCAUUACACACUUAUAACUCGCUCUCUGGUGUCCUCCCACUAAAUGUGUGGUAUAUAUAAAGCGACUCAGGAUUUCAACAUGAGCUUGUUUCAAUUGCAAAGGCCCAAAUCGUCACUAACAGCCCCCCAGUUGACGUCGCCUUCACGGUUAGGGCCUGCUCCUGAUCAAGAUUCAUUGAGAUCCAGCCUACAAUCAUGUCUCGAGUACCUUGACCGAGUCCAUGAUAGGCUAGACGGUGUUUGCAAGGAAAUGCUGGAAUUACGCGCCCGCUUUACAGAGCUUCUUGUCACCCAGUGGCAAUCAGAAAUCACCAUGAGGGAUGAGGGCACGUUGAAUAACGGCAUUGACUUUCAGGCAAUCAUUGAUGACUCUGAGCCUCAAACCAUCAUCGUACCUCUUGCCACGCUAGAUGAGCUCAAUGCCGUUUCACCGUCGCUGACUCCGCCAGACCUCCCCGUCUUGGCAGAGUCGCAAGCAUUCCAAGGACAACCUUUGACCCUAGAGUACGGUCCUUUAGGGUUUGCUAGUGCUCCGCCACCAGAGGGUCUUCCCAUCGGCAACUUUCCCCGAGACCUGUUGAUCAGUGGCAGCGAUAGACUCUAUGUACCCGACUUCUUGCUUCAGUCCGACACGUACUUUGAUGGAAAGACAAUAUCCGAGUCCGAGUCUUCAGCAAGUCGCGACCAACAGCCAAGUCUUCCCAUUCAAGUUGUGCAGGCCGGUCAAGAUAAAGUAAAAUGCACCUGGUCCGGAUGCUCAAGAGCUCUCAGUAAGGAUAGCCUCACUCGUCAUUUGAACGAAUUUCAUCGGCGGAAGGUCAAGGCUGUCUGCGUCGGCUGUGGAAAGAGGUUCGCGCGCCCAUAUAUGCUAAAGAAUCAUAUAUGUCGGGCCGAACGGGGAAUGUGCUAGAUACUGACAUAUUACGCACAAGUAUUGUAGCAGAACAGCCAAGCUAGCCAAGACCAAUUGUGAAUGUGUGAAUGACU